GCCAGGAUUCAUAUUAAGUUUUCUGGUUUCUAACCUAAUUAUUUUUCUGUUACAUUGCAGAGGGCAAUGAAUAGUGGAAGUUUCUUAUGUAAAGACAUCACAAGAGUUCAAAUAGUAAAUAUGCUCAAAAAGAAUAAAUCCAUGGUACAUAGGCUUCUAACUUAAGUUGAAGUGUUUUAAAUAUACCUCUAAACUUCUCAUCCUGUAGAAGACAAGAAUCUGCCUUUACAAAGCAUUCCUUCCAUGAGUCGAAUAGACUGACUCUAAAAUAGGCAUUUCCUUAUUAUCUGAUUGUUUUUUACAUGGAUCUCUCUCUUGCCUUUCAUAAGAAGGCAGGUUGUUCCUUGUUAAAAACAUAGCCAAAGCCCUCAUCAGCAAAAAGCUUGAGAACUUGACAGUGGUAUUUAGACUUUGGUGUCUUGGGUACCUUUUCAAGGUUGGAUGUUUUCACAGCCAUGAGGAAUUUCUCGGUGGUGUCCGAAUUCAUCCUGCUGGGCAUCCCUCACACGGAGGGUCUGGAGACUAUUCUGUUGGUCCUGUUUUUGUCCUUCUACAUCUUCACCCUUAUGGGGAACCUGCUCAUCUUGCUGGCGAUUGUCUCCUCUGCUCGGCUUCACACGCCCAUGUACUUCUUCCUGUGCAAGCUGUCUGUUUUUGACAUAUUUUUCCCUUCUGUGAGUUCCCCUAAGAUGCUGUGCUAUCUUUCAGGGAACAGCCGAGCCAUCUCCUAUGCAGGCUGGGCAUCCCAGCUCUUCUUCUACCAUUUCCUGGGCUGCACUGAGUGUUUCCUGUACACGGUGAUGGCCUACGACCGCUUUGCUGCCAUUUGUCACCCUCUACGCUACACCAUAAUCAUGAGCCACAGAGCGUGUAUCAUCCUAGCCAUGGGGACCUCAUUCUUUGGCUGCAUUCAGGCCACCUUUCUGACCACUCUCACCUUCCAAUUGCCUUACUGCGGCCCCAAUGAGGUGGACUAUUAUUUCUGUGAUAUCCCAGUCAUGCUGAAGCUGGCUUGUGCAGAUACCUCAGCCCUGGAGAUGGUGGGGUUCAUCAGUGUGGGCCUCAUGCCCCUCAGCUGUUUCCUUCUCAUCCUCACCUCCUACAGUGGCAUCGUCUUCUCCAUCUUGCAGAUCCGCUCUGCUGAGGGCCGACGCCGUGCCUUCUCCACCUGCAGCGCCCACCUCACCGCCAUCCUGCUUUUUUACAUGCCAGUGGUCCUCAUUUACCUGAGGCCUACCCCCAGCCCCUGGUUGGAUGCAACUGUUCAAAUUCUGAAUAACCUGGUCACCCCCAUGCUGAACCCCUUAAUCUACAGUCUCAGGAAUAAGGAGGUGAAAUUAUCACUACGGAAGGUCUUAUAUCAGCUGGGCUUCCUUCCUGGGCAGUUGUAGAGAGAAAUAAGUAACUAGCGCUUCAACCACACUUCAUAGCUUAUAACCAUUUUUAUUUAGUUGUCACACAUAUUUUUGAAAUUGAGGGCACAGGUAUUAUUAUUUCCAUUUUACAAUGUGGAGACUAAAACUCAAAGUAACUUGUCCAAGGACAUGUAAGCUGUGAAUGGCAGAAUGAGGACUCUAGAGCUGGUUUUGUGACUCUGGGGCCUGUGCUCUUUUGAGGAAAUCAUACUGCUUGAGAGGGACGGGGAGAGAGAGAGAGAGAUUGAGAGAAACUCUUCUCAGUAGGCAGAACAGCCUGGAGCUUCUGCUUCUCAAUCUGUAUUUUCUUCAUCCUCCUACAUCCCCUCCUCCUCUUCAUUUCCCUCACACCAUGACAUUUAUUCAUCUUGACUGCAGUGACUAUAUCCUCAAAUGCCUGCAUUGGAUAAGCCCUCAUUUUUAUGCAUCUACAAGUUGUUAAAAAUGUUAUUCAGUCAAAAAGGAAUGAAGAAUGCCUCCUACAAUGUGGAUGAACUUGAAAAUCUAAUGCUCAGUGGAAAAAAAAGCCAGACACAAUAGGUCACAUAUUGUGUGAUUCCAUUCCUGUUAAAUAUCCAGAGCAGGUAAAUCCAUUAAUUAAAACAGAGGAAAUUGACCUUUUUUUUUUUUUUUAGUUUGACUGUGGGGUGAUGAAAAUGUUUCGGAACUAGGUAGAGGUGAUGAUUGCACAACUCUGUGAAUGUGCUAUGUACAACGUGAACGUGAAUGUACAAAAUUCCACUGAUCUGUUCACUUUAAAAUAGUUCAUUUUUUGUUAUGUAAAUUUUACCUCAAUUUAAAAAAUCAUUCUCUCAAAAAAAGAAAAGAAAAGAAAAACAAAAAGUGUUUUUUUUGUUGGUGGUGGUGGUGUUGGUGGUGGUGCAUCCCAAUUUAUUUAAACAGCAUCCUGUUAUUUCUGAGCCAUAAGGAAGUUGUAUAAAGAGAAAGGCAUCUGGCUGGGACUUGAGGCAGUCUCUUAUGGGUAAAGCAGAGAUACUAGUGUGCUGUAUCACUUCCAAACCCUGCCUGCCAGGCUUAGACCUGGAAACAGGCCCUGGGUGUGAAGAUGCAGCAUGUGAAUGAGAUGCGAAGGUAGGUAGGGGAAUCCAAACAGGGGCAACUGUACUGUGAUCCCACAUUAGAAAGUCUGGCUUUGGGCAGGGCACGGUGGCUCACAUCUGUAAUCCUAGCACUUUGGGAGGCCAAGGUGGGUAGAUCACCUGAUGUCAGGAGUUCGAGACCAGCCUGGCCAACAUGAUGAAACCCCAUCUCUACUAAAAUACAAAAAUUAGCUGGUCAUGAUGGCAGGUGCCUGUAGUCCCAGCUACUCGGGAGGCUGAGACGGGAGAAUCCAUUGAACCUGGGAGACAGUGGUUGCAGUGAGCCAAGAUCACGCCACAGCACUCCAGCCUGAGCGACUGAGUGAGACUCCAUCUCGAAAAAAAAUAAAAGAAAGUCUUGCUCAGUACAACGAAGAGGCAAUGCUGGGUCCAAGAUGUCAUUGUUUGGUGUCUUUGCCUUCUCUGUUGACUAAAAGGGUUCGAUUUUGGACUCCCUCUUACAUUUCUUUAUUUUUUGACUGAAAUAUGCUAAUAAUGAGAAAUGAGCUAUUGUUUUCAUAACUGAAUUCAUUGAGAAUCCUAUCACACUGGGGAAAUAUGUUGCUGUGAAGUUUGCUCUAACAGGGCUGUAAAGAGGAUGAUGGAAGAGGAGAGGGCAGAAGCAGAGACUAGUGCUUUUUCCCCACCUGCACUUCUUAGAAUUAGAGAGCAGUAAAGAAAUGGCCAGAACAAAUGAGCAACACUGUAUCCGUGCCUCCAGCCAGUGGGUGAGCCUGCACAGCUCCUGGAAGGGAGACAAACGUUUGCCUGGUCACUAUGCAAACUCCUAAAAACCUCUUUCGGUGCUGUUUCCCCCUUGUUUUCCAGUAAACAAGAGCCUAAAAGGGAAGCUAGAAAUACAUCUCAAAUUAUUUCAAAUUUAUUCCAAAUCGCAAGCCCUUGUCAAGCCUCUUUGAGUCCACUCUGAAGAUCCCUUCCCAUGCCUCAGUGUACUGGUGUAGCUGCACAGUCAGUAAAAACAGACAAAUUUGUAAAGAUAAAAGAUGAGAUCUGAUUCCUUUUCAAAUCUUCACUCAUUCAGAUGUUGUUUGAUGAAUAACUCUGUGCAAGGGCGAGGAAUGCAAAAUGAAAAAGAUAUGACCCCAGCUGCGCAGAAAUCAGAGUCUGCUGGAGAAACAGACAUACAGCUAACUAGAACAUCCCAUCAUUAAGCUAUGAUCAAGAUGUACAAUACAGCAGAAAAUCUGGAGUACAUUUUCCUCAUUUGAAGAAAGGACCUUACAGAAAAGGUGUUGAAGAUUGAAAAUGUUGUGUUGUUUUUUCCGUAUUAAGAAUGGCGGAGGAGUCUUUUCCAGGGAGAGGCAACAUACUUCUCAGUCUUUAUAUGUGCGGGGAGAGCGGUGAGAGAUUAUUUGGGCAGGUAUCACUUAACUAUUUGCCAUUUGUGACUAAAUGCCUUUGCAGGAAAAAAUAAAAUUUAGUGUGCCUUCUGUUUUCAGGGUUUUUCUCCAGCUCAGUUCUUUGUUCAUUGGACUUGAUGUCUUGAAUAAAAAAACUAUAUCCCUAUCUCCUUAAACAAGUUGACUUCUCUGCUUGUCCCAGCCGUUCUGAGAGAUGCUGUUCUUAGGUCUCCAGGUAGUGUCUGAGUUCUCUUUCCACCUAAGCAGGAGCCUAGAAUGCCAGCCCCAACCUGGAGGUGUGCAGGCCUAAGUUGGGUGUGAGGGUGAGGUGAGAUUUUUCUGUGUUCUAUAAUCUAAGGGGUAGUGUGAGAAGAACUUGAGAAAAACUGUGAAAGGGAAAACCUCAAACCAAGUAGACAAUCCAGAAGGAUAUUUAACCCACAGGGGCAAAGCAAGACAAAAAAAUCAAGUGUCAAGACCAGGGAGGCCAGAGAAGAACAAGAAUAUUGAAGCGGAGGAUCAGAGGAUGUUUUGAGCAGAACAGGCUCCAGCAUAGCCUUUCCUGAGACAGUGGGUUCAAGCAUGGUCUAAGAGGGGCGUCCAAGACCUGAUGCCAAGUGGAUUCUAGUUUCUUUAAAGGCUUCUUUGUUCUCCCCCAAUUUUUUUUUUUGCAAGACACUCCUGUAUUCUCCAGUCACUGUUCCUUUUCGCUCUUUUCUAAAUUUUUUACAAAACUGAUGCCUGUUCUGAGUUUCAUUUAGGUGUUUUGUUUUACAUAUAGUCCCAAGAGCGCAAAACUAUGAUGGGAGCAUCCAAAAUGAAAACCUAUGAUGUGGACGCUAAAAGUGAAGCUAAGGUGAUGGCCACUGACAUGGCAGGGGAGGAUUGUGAAGAGGAGUUUUCAAAGGAGUGUUCACAGGUGUUGGGACCUGUUCUGUUUAUUUCCUGCCCUCUCAAGUCCCUUGCUGGUUUGUUCUAAAUCAAAUUGAUUGAAAUGAAUGAAUAACCAGUCAGAAAUAAUGUUUUCGGUCACUAAAUUUGCAAUUACUUUUGGUCAAGGAUACUGACUCCACCUUUGCAAAAAUAACUAGCCAAGCUAAGAGAAUAGCAUUAUUACAUUAUAUGUUGUAUUGGUUCACUUAGGGUAAGAGGGGCAAUAAUACUUGUUAUUGUUGGAGUGCUACAUUGGUGAGAAACAAUUGAGCCUACUAUAUAUCAUUCCUUUAUUUUACAUUCUGUUUAAAAUUAUUAUUUUAAUUAUUGUUUUG